AUGGGUUUGAGCUGCGCGCUGACGAGUGGACUCUCGCUUCGUGGCUUCUCGAACACCCCUGCUCGACUCGGCCGUAGCGCUGGUAUUCUGCAUAGCUCUAAACUCUGUUUCGCACGUUUUGAGGCGCGUGUGCCAGGCAAGCCGCACGAUGCGAGCCACAGCGCUGUGCGUCUGCACGGCACCGUGACGGCCUUCAAGCAUCGUCGCGGCUACGGCUUUGUCCUGGCUGAGGGUAUUGCUGCACCUGCGCACCCUCUCAAGCGCAGGUACGUCGCUCUUGAACCUCAGGCCGCGGCGACUGGCGACAAGGACGUUAAAUUGCAGAAGGACUGUUUGACGUCGCUGGGGCCGGCGGAGGCGGGCAAGGACCUGCCGAAGUGUUUUUUUUUCACCCGCAGCGCACUUCUGGGGGGCUUCUACGUGACAGAGGGGGAGCGGGUUUCGUUUGCGGUUACUCCAGUGCGCCCGGGGAAGGGGAUCAAUCGUCGAGUAGCGGGAAACUCGCUCAGAAGCCGUAAGAACGACGGCGAUCACGCAGUCUUGGCCUCUACCGAUGCGGCCGAGUUCUCGCUGGACAGUCCAGAAGGGGGGUCAGAAGAGAACAGUGACGCCUCCACGCGCGACACCCAAUCUCAGGCGAAUCACAUCGCCGUCGAUCUCCGGUACUACGACGCCAACACCGGAAAGGAGACGCCGAUAUCUCCGCUGACACUCUACGGGAAAGUUGUAGAGUGGGAUGCGGCGGAAGGUCUUGGCAUGAUUGCCGAGCUGGACACGCGGCGGCAGUAUCACGAAGAUGCGCCGCGCUUCCCCUUUUCGUCAGAGAAUGUGGAUCUCGCCUUAGGCGCCGAGCUGCGCCCCGGCCGCUACGUGCGCUUCUGUCUAGGGCCUGCCGCUCCUGUGCCCAGUGGCGGCAGUGAAGACUUCACGGCGACAGCCACGACUGACGCAGGUGCCUCUGCCGACGUUGGAGAGCGCGUGGAGCUCGAGGCGCAGCGCGUCAUUAUUGACGCAUCGAUGGAGCGCCGCAAGGGCGCCGUUGGCCGCCCGCUCAUAUUGGCCGACGCCGCUCCGGGAACAAUGACGAGUGAGUCUCGGUUCUGUGGCGUGGUGCGAGAGCUGAGGGCUGAUGCCUUCGGCUUCAUCCAGGACGACCUAAGCGGUGAGUCCAUCUUCUUCCACUUAUCAAGCGCAUCUUCAAGGGUGAAGGCGGGCGACCGGGUCACGUAUGUGCUCCGCGAGAUUGAGCAUGGCAAGCAUGCCGGCAAGAAGGCGUGCUAUGACGUCCUUGUUGAUCAGACGGCCGCGAGUCGUGCACCCGGCGUAGCCAGCGAUGUAGGAGGGGCGGCGGCGGGUGCCGGGGAUGCGGAUGGUUACCACCAGAGACAUGCGGCAGAGCGUCGCUCAAAGGUAGCCCACGAUGAGGACGACUUGGACUUUGAACUCCUUGACUAA